AGCCCUUGGUAUUUUAAUUAUGAGACUAAAACUCUUCUUGACACCACACGUGUGUUAUGGCAUCACUGAUCUGCUCAAGACAGCUAUUUGGAUGGCUCUUUAGCAAAGUAUAUCCUGGUGCUGUUGUUUUUGCUAUAUUAGCAGCAAUGUCAAUACAAGGUUCAGCAAAUCUCCAAACCCAGUGGAAUAUUGCAGGGGAGUUCAGCAAUUUGCCACAAGAAGAACUUAUAGAGUGGAUCAAAUAUAGUACUAAACCAGAUGCAGCGUUUGCGGGUGCCAUGCCCACGAUGGCAAGUGUUAAGCUCUCUGCACUUCGGCCCAUUGUGAAUCAUCCACAUUAUGAAGACGCAGGCUUGAGGUCAGUGCACAGUCUUGCAUCAUCAAAACAAACCUUCCAUGGAAAUGGACAGUGAGUGGAGGACGCCAGC